AUUCGAGAGAAAAAUAAAUAUCAAUUUGAGUGGAAAUAAAUUGAAUUGGUAUUUUGUGACAUGAUAAACUUUAUAGUCAAUGACAUUUUUACAAAAUAACCGAAAAAAAGGAUCAAUUAAAAAUGCAGGUGGUGCAAAUAAAUGUUUCUGCUACAUAUUGAUGAGAUGUGGUACAAAAAUGAUUGAUACAUAGUUGAGUGUGCGAUAGUAUACUGAGUAAAUGAAAGUCUCAACAAAAAUAAGAAGAAGAAAAAAAAAUUGAGCGUGUGAGUUAAGAAAAAUCGAGUAGAAUUGUAGAUAAACUAUGAAUCUACAAGAACUGUAUAUCUUAAUCAAACCAAUCAAUAUCGAUUUUGUUGGUGUUCAAGUGUAAAUUGAAUUGAGUGCUAGAGAAAAGUUAUUGUCGGUGUUGAGGUGAACUAGUGCGUGUGUGUCUGUGUGUGUGCGUAUCGAAAUGUCGCAAAUGGAGGCGAGUGACGGUGAAACGGUUGUUGAUAAUGAUGAAACGGUGAAUGUGAUUCAUACAAAUCGAUGCAUGCAUCUAACGCUUCGAAUUCUAUUCUCAACACCGGGACUUUGUGUCUUAGUUGUGCUGUAUUCAUUGAUGGGAGCGGCAAUAUUUCCAUUUUUCGAGUCACCGCUCGAACUUCACAAUAUGGCUGUCAUCAAAAGUCGAGAAGAAUGCUUGCGUGAAUUAUGGACAAUUACCGAGCGUUUAAAUGUGUUGUAUGAACGGAAUUGGACAAUGCUGGUGCACGAACAAUUGCGACGCUUUGAAGGUUCCAUUAUAAAAGCAACCAAAGGGGGCUUAAGCGAAGCAAUGGGCGACCGUUUACCACGAUGGACAUUCACCGAAGCGCUUUUAUACUCCAUAACAUUGAUCACGACAAUUGGCUAUGGAAGCUUAACCCCGAAAACGGUUGAAGGAAAAAUCGUAACGAUGAUGUAUGCCUUGAUUGGUGUACCGUUAAUGUUGAUGUGUUUAUCAAAUUUGGGACGAGUUUUGGCCGAAUCGGUGAGACAAACUUACGCAAGACUUUGCAUUCGACAAUCAGAACAUCAAAAAUGUCCCACCGAAGACAUUGACGAUCAAGACCCAUAUGGUGGACACACCUAUCAGUCGGCCGAUGAUAAAAAUGAGAUCCAAAAUUGUCAUUUAUGUCAAUACAAUGAUAUUUCAAAAGAAUCACCUAUGUACAGAGCUAACGAUCGAAAUGGUGCAUAUCAUCUCAUAUCGAAUUCACCCACCAAAUCCAUUUUAACAAAUUCUCAACAUUCAUCGCCACAACGGAUGGCCAUGGCUUCAGAUCAUCCGUUAAAUCAACAGCCAACAAAUCUACCAAUUGGAUCGCCGCAUAAAAGUUACGUAAUGCUACCAUUGCGAGCCAUUAAAGAUUCACCAAAUCAUCAACUUAUUCAAAUUCAACAUUCAAAUCUGGACAACUAUUGCCUAAGUCGACUUCAGUAUCACUUUCAACCGACUACAACUGGUCCACAUGCAAUUUUUAUGCAAAAAGAUACAAACGGAGAGCAUUAUAUGGUACCACCGACGCAAUCGAAUCCAUUGUAUGUGCCAUCUUCGAAUCCGUGCCAAUCCACGAUGCCAGCCCAACAACAGCAUCAUCAUCAACAGCAACAACAACAGCAGCAUCAUCCGCAACAACAAUUUCAUGUGCUUCGUUUGCAAGGCAAUCCGCCAAAUUCUCAAAACAAUGAACAUCGCAGCAACAACCAGACAAUGCAUAUCAAACAACUCCAUACAGCCACUGUUCAUGGACUGGGCCGAAGCAAAUUUUUGCCAAAACCAUUACCUCAAGAAAUAAAUAUGCUGCUCUCGGAAUGUGAUAUAGGUUGUUAUCCAGACGCUAGUGAAAAAUCACCGUCAACAGCAUCAAUUACAGCAACAACAACACCAACACCAAAAAAUGUCGAUGCAAAAUCAGAAAACUUACAACACACAGCUGCUGCUGUCGGUUGUGUUGAUAGCCGUAAUGCAAAUAAUCUAGACACAUCAUUAGAUGACGAUGAUGACGACGAUAACCGAAUUGGUUGUCCGCAUGGAACACCGUCUAGGAUACCAUUAAUUGCCUUGAAUCAUCGACCAAAGUGCAGAGAAUUCAUUGAAAAACAACGCGACAACAUUGAUCCGUAUGAUGGAAAAGUUGAUACAGUUGACGAAUAUCCGGAAAUGUUGCCGAACAAUAUCGACGAUGAUGUGCCGUGCGAAACGCAAGUUCCAAUCAUAGUUAUUGUAUCGAUUUUAACCAUUUAUAUAUGCAUUGGCACGGCAAUAUUUUCGAUAUGGGAAAAUUGGAGCUUUAUUGAUGGUGCAUAUUUUUGCUUUGUCACAAUAUCAACGAUUGGCUUUGCCGACUUGGUGCCACGCAAAACAUUCCAAGGACCCGAUCUACAGUUAUUCGCAUGCUGCACAUACUUAAUCGUCGGUUUGAUUUUGGUAACAAUGUCAUUCACAUUGCUUGAAUCACAGUUAAUGUGGCGAUGCAGACGCAUGGCAAUGCGACUCAAACGAAGAAAAAACUAAAUUCGAGGCGAAAAAGAAUUAUAUUGAAAGAAACCAACAUAAAUUGUACUAAAUGUAGUUAGGAAACCGAAUAACAAGUUAAGUUCAACACAUUUUUUGCUUCGGUAUCGAGAGGGAGAAAAAAUGGAGACACAGAGGAAAAACAUUUUCAUAAAAUAUUCGCAAUAUAUUUGAAUGCAUUCAUGGGUAUGCGCGCGUGUGUGUGUGUGUAUGUAUCGGAGCAUUUUUGUUCAAUUUUUGUCGCUUUUCGCGACCGAGAAGCUUAUCAAAACUAACUUCUAUAUUCGUUACACAGUAAUCUGGUUUCUGGAAAUGAAUGUAAAUUGGUAAAAUCACAUGCUAGGUUUUGCAUUAAAUUAUCCACUCUCUCUUUUCUGGUCGUUAUUCGUUCCAACGAAAAUACCAUUUUUGCUGAACUCUAUUCAACUCACAUUGAACGAACGUUUGAAAUAACACAUUUACUCGAAUUAUUAAUUUACGAUGAAGUUAGUCAUGUCUGGAUUUUGAAAUAAUAUAUGUGUUCUAACUAUUUUAUUUUCAAUUUGCAUCGUUUGACAAACAUUUUAUUUUGAAAAGACAAUCGAAUAUUAUUGUUUUCG